CCUGAAGAUCCUCACCAAAAUAGAUAAAUUGAGGUGAAUCAAGCCAGGUAGAAAUUGAUGAUGUAGACUGAAAAUUCCACAGCUCAUCCAUAACCCUACCUUUUAAUCUUCUCCACCUUCUAUGUGCCACAAAUCCCAACUUUCAUUGAAAAGGAAUGUUUGAAACAAGAACCUUGAGAAACACUCUGAAGAAGGUUUAUAAAGCAUGGGGAAAGUUAGCUCGGGUGAAUAACCUGAAGUGGAACAAAUUGCUGGAACUUCCCCUUUGUCUAGAAUGAAAAUCUCAUGAAAAGCUCCCAACACUUUCAAAAACAUCUAAAACUAAAAAGAUCUUGAAGCUUUGAGCUGAGGAUGAGGUCAGAAUUUUGAAAGCAAGGAAAAGUACAACUUCUGAAAACUGCAGCAAUUGCCUUUUCAUGGGUAAACCCUGACUUGCCUCACCUUAGCUGACCUGGGGCAAUUUUUCCAAUAAUAUUCAUAACACUGUACAGUAUUGCUCAGAUACAUGGGCAUUCCAUUUUCAUGCCUAAUACUGUACAAGAAUUAUAGUAAAUCUUUCAAAAAAAUUACCUGAACAAUGGGGAAGUGACAGAUGAGCUCCCUGAUAACAUAUGCAGAUUUCUGGCAUCCGGCCUGAUCAUCGCAAAGGUCAUGUCUCACAUGCUGCUGUACGUGAUAGAGAAUAUACAGCACAGAUGUGAAGUUUGAAACACCUGCAUCAGCAGCAAGGCAGCAGAAUCACUUGAUGCAACCGCAAAUCGCAGUGCAGCAACGCAGUCCACAAGUCCCAUCGAUUUCAUCCCUGUUCCCUGGGGAACACAUCAAGCGGCAUCGAGCAACGUCGUUCAGUGCUGUGCGGAAUGCUAAAGCAUCCGCAGCAGCAUACGGGGAACAUGUCUCAACUCCCCUCGCAGCAUCAGCUGGAAAACAACCGGAACACGAAUCGGAUUCGAAGCCAACUGACGUCCCUUUGUUGGGUCGUUUGAAAACGUGGUCAUUUUGGUUUCGUGACCGAGGACUCGUUCGUGCAUACGCAGUGGUUCUCCUGGUUUUCGUCGUAGCCCGGGCACUGAUUGAUCACAGCGAAUUGCACGACUUUUUCUGGAACGAUGGGCACCGGGAGAUGUGGCAAACGACUAAUUUGGAGGCUAUAGGACUGAAUUUCCUGAUGAAGUAUUUUCGCCCGCAGUUCCUGUACACAAUUGCCUCCUGCAUCAUCUUGAAAGAAAUAUACAUUUCAGUGGUCUUUCACGAGGACUUGGGAUUGGACCAUGCGACAAUGCUCGGGCCGAAAGAUGUAGCUGCCAUCGACUACGCCUUUGAACAUUUUGCGCAGCCGAUCAGGGCCAAGGCUGCCCUCAUGAAGCUGCACGCCCCAAGGCCGCCAUGUUCCUGGAGGUUAGUGUGGGGUUUGAUUCUGCUGGGGAUGGUAACCAGGAGGUGGGGUAACCCAGAUGAGACUAUGGCCGCAGCACUGCCCUACAACCCGCCAAACAUGGAGAACGCUGACAACGCCAAGGCUGGUCCAUUGCAACUUAUUCCGGCCACGCCUGCGCCAAAGGCUCCAGUACCAGCAAUACCAUCAGGUUGGGAAAUGGUUCCAGUGCCCACCCUUAAAUAUCUUAUACAAGCAUACAACCUCGGCCAGCUGGCCAGGACCAAACGACAGCACCUUAUCGCGCUGCUUGAGCAGAAUCUCAUACCAGCCACGUUAGCCCAGGGCUGGCUACUGCCACCUGGGUGGCAACUCCAAGCUGCACAGUUCCCGAACGCCAUGCCGUGGUCAUUCCUCUCAUCAACGAGCGGAGCACCAUCACCGGCUACGCCUUCAACUCCGCAGCUACCGCCCCUGCCGGCCCGCAACUCUGGUGAGCUUUGCCUUUCUGAAUUACCGAAACAACAGGAGGAAGAACCCUUUGAGGACUACGCUGAGGGACUACGUUGUAUGCUCACCAUUGACAACGUCACCUUGGACAUGAAGGUCCGCUGCUUACUCCACAACACCCGUCCGGAGAUCCAGGCAUCUGUGGCAAUCCUGUUUCGCAAAGGCCACAUCGAGUUCAAGGCCCUAGCAACAGCACUUGCCCGAGCAUAUCCAACUCCGCAUCUGGACCGGUUGGACCAGUUCCUACAGGCUCAACCCAACCCCGGAGAGAGCUUUGUCAACUUUGGAGAACGGCUGGAACACACCUUCAACCUGUUCACCGGCGCAACCCCCGACAAACCCAUCUCCGCAGACAACAUCCGGCAAAAAAUGCUGAUCAACCAGUUGCUGACCUCAGUCUCUGACAAACUCCGCAUCAAACUCCGAGAACAAUGGUCCAACGACCGCAACCUGACCUGGGAGAAAGCUGUGGAAGAAGCAGAAAAAUUCCGGCUCCACAAUCAUGCGACCGCCAGACCAGCUGCUAAACCAGUUGCCGAAGCGAAAUCCACUUCAUCAAAGCAGACAUCAGGGAACCGGCCAAACCUGCCUCCAAAACAAUGGUGCAAGGGGCACCAACGCAACGUCCGGCACUCACCGCAGAACUGCAGGAUUCUCCUUUGA